AUGGGGGUGGGCGUGUCUGAAACGACUGGGUAUGAUGACAUGUAUGUGUACGAAGUACCGUACCCGUCAGUGAGAACCAGCCCGGGCCCCGGUGACGCGGUAGGAUCAGCAGUUGGGCAGAGACGAGAUGGAGAUUCGACAAGCUCUUUCGGUACCUGGGAGACGGACAGCGGUGGGGGAGCACAGACGCGACGCUGGUCGAAACGAAUUGUAUUGCACAGUGAGAAGCAAGGGCAGCGUGAGCGAUGCAAAGGUACGCGCUCGGGACUGUGGGAGAGCUGGGGAUUGAGGGAAGAAAGGCGCAAAUUUGGUGAGCGAACGGAUCGAUUCUUGGACAAGUAUGAUGUCGACUUCAAGUCGAGCGCAAAUCUGGGACCGACAGCCUCAAACCCCAAGGCACAAAAGACGGUCUGCCGGGGGCUGGUCGGUCGAUGGUUGCCGCAUACGGUCAACGAAGCGGGUAAAAACGUCGUGGUAGGAUACAAAAGCAGUGCUGCGCAUACCUACAUAUGUAAAUGCAAUCAAGCGCGACAUGCGAUGGAACUUGGUCAACACCGCAACUUUGAAAUGGAUGGAUGGAUGCUCACGAGAGGCCAUGCGACGGACCGUUCGAACCAAAAGGUACAAGCUCCAGACGGAGAUGAUGGCUGGGUGGAGGUCAGUAAAGCUUAUGCCGCGCGAUAUGAUGCACCAGCAAGCGCAAAUCAUGCUUAUUUCCUCACUCACUUGGGGACAGUAACAAGAGUAUCCAACGUUACAAUCAUGGAGAACAAGGUUUACCGGUCUAUUACGGGCCGUUGA